AUUAUGUACACAUGGGGGACAGACUGAGUGAAGAGUGAGAGAGGAGUUAGGCAGGGCUGUAUAUUGUCACCAACCCUUUUUAGCCUGUAUACAGAGGAGGUAGCAGCCAGGAUGAGAAGAAUGAAUGUAGGGGUAAGUGUGGGGGAAUGAUAAAGUAUGUGUACUCCUUUAUGCAGAUGACGUAGUUGUUAUGAGUGAAUGGCAGAUGAGCUUCAAAGUUUGUUGGAUGUAGUGGAUGGCUAUGGUAAAGACUUUGGAGUAAGGUUUAGCAGUGAGAAAAGCAAAGUAAUGAUUGUGAAUGGGUCAGAGGAUGAAAGUAAUGUGGUAUGGAGACUUGGAGAGAAUGAGUUGAGACAGGUGCAAGAAUACAAGUACUCAGGGAUGUGGAUGAGUCCUAGUGGGUGUGCAAAGGCAAAGAAUGAAAAGAUAAAUAUGCUAAACCAGUGGGUAGGUCGACUGGGAAGCGCGGCAAGGAUGAGAGCAAGUAAGUAUGAUGUGUUGAGAGAAGUGUGGAAGAGUGUGGCUGUCCCAUGUAUAAUGUAUGGUAUGGAUGUGAUUGCAUGGAAGGAAAAUGAAAUUGAAAAGUUAGAAGUGGGCCAGAAUAGAGUAGCAAAGAUUGGCACUGAGUCCACCGAGGGGCACAGCAGUUGAAGCCUUGAGAGGUGACAUCGGAUGGCGCACCUUUAGGGAAAGACUCACAAAAGCCACACAAGAUUAGGCUUGAGAGAAUGGAUGAUGCAAGAAUAGCAAGGAAGGUGUACCUGUGGAAUGAAAGUGGAAGCAAAUGGAGGAAGAGAUGCAUGAGAAUGACAGACAGGAGUGGAUUGCAAGUUGUGUGGGCGAUAAGAAUGGCUGGUAGGAAUCAAAAUGAGCGUGAAUGGGUGGUAACAAGAGGAGGAAGAGUGGGAGCCGAAUGGGAUGUGAGAAAAUGGAAGAAUGAGAUAGACAAAGAAGUGAAAUGUGUGGGACUGAAUGAAUGGAAGAAUGAGAUGGAAAGAAAGAAGACCCUGGAAUGGUACAAGGAGAAAGAGGCCCUGAGGUAUGAAAGGUGGUAUGAUGGAAGCCUGGGCGGUGAUCUUCUCUUCCGAGCGAGGGCACAGUGUAUGGAUGUGAAUGCGAGGAGUUACAGGUGGUCUGAGUCCCUGUGCCAGAUGUGUGACAUGGGAGAGGAUGAGACGGUGGAACAUGUGGUGCUGGAGUGUGUGCAGUAUGCCAGAGACAGGAAUGAGAUGAUGCAAGUGAUACUGACUGAGUUAGGGCAUGAUACGAAUGAAAGAGUGGAGAACACAGGAAAGGAAUGGAUGGUGUUGUUGCUGGGACUGUGUAGAGAGGCGAGUGAAAGAAUGAUUGAGGCUGUGAAACAGUUUCUGGAGAGAAUGUGGCGUGUCAGGUGUAUGAACAAUUAGGAUAGAGGAUGCUGUUCGUUUCUCUCUUUUUUUUUUCCCCUUCUACAGGAGUUGUCGAUCCAAAGGCCUGACUCAGGAGUGAUCCUGUGCCACCUGUACCAUCAAGAUCAAGAUCAAGACAACAGUUCCCUCGUGUUUACUACCACAGUGCAUAGAAAUCUUAUCUUUUUUCGCAAAUUUCCCAAGUAAUUCCCCACCCCGGAGGCCGCCCCCAGUACCCCAGUUCCCUGCAUCCAUGGUUUAUAUUGUUAUUCUUCAAGAGGUGAGAGAGGCAAGGGACGAGAGACGCAAGGGAGAGAAGCAAGGGAGAGAGACAGAGUUGACCCGUGUGGCUCCUCUCUGGUGGUGAAAGCAAGUGACGGCAAGAUGGUGAUGGUGACCCUGCCCAACCCCCUCCAGGAAAACUUGGAGGAUGUGAUUGAGGUGCAGGGUGUGGGUCAGGGGCAGAAGGUGACGUGCCAGAGUGACGUCACGUUCCCCCAAAUGCAGGCCGGCAAGUUUGCUGACGUCACCAGUCGUCAGUGCACGGCGGGUGCUGCAAGGGGAACUGCAGGAGGUGGACGUGUUCAGCAUCUCAUCCCUCCCUGCCCUCUCCCCUGACAGGAGCAUGCCAGACCCAGGGGUGCCCAAGGAAACGGUUGCGGUGGAAACUGGCGUACAGCUGUGCCUGAGCCUGCCGUGGACGCAUUUCCCAGCCCCCGAACUGAACGGUCAACCUGCCGCCAAUCUCAACUUCAACCAGAACAGCUCGGACACGGCUGGCCAGGACAACCACCGCAACACAGACAUGCAUGCACCUGAUAUGGACAUGAAAAUGGAGGGACAGGAGUCCCACGUGAUGGUGUCCGACAGGGAUGCCUCAGUGCAGGAGGGGGAACGGCAGGCAGAGACCCGCAAGCGCCCCUGGGAGAAGCCUGGAGAGUGGCCUGAGGCAGUGAGUGCUUGAGUGGAGCCUUCACACCACACCAGUUAACCGAGCCAAUGAAAGCAGAAUCAAACUUUCCAUUCCAGUCAACUGAACCUGUGAAAGUUCCCAAUCCGGCCAAGCAGGUCUCAGAAGGUGCGGCGUCCAUGCACCCCGUGAUGGUGCUGCACCAGAUGAAGCCUGGCCUGCUGUACAACACUAACCAGACCACCAGGGAUAACAAGCCUUUCUUCACCGUCACCGCCGACAUCGAUGGCAAGGAGUUCUCAGGCAAGGGGACAAAUGUGAAGAAAGCCAAGUUCUUCCUGGCCAACACAGCAAUACUGGGACUGUACGGGGUAGAAUCCACCUUUGAGAUCUCCGCUUAAUAGAAGUACUAGCUGCCUGGGUACUGGCGGCGGUGUGCGGGGCAGGCGGUCCCUCGCACACGUGGCUGUAGAGUCUGCUACGUGAUAAUGACAAAGUAGAUAGGUAGCUACAUAGUAUUUUAACCUGAAGUCCUGUCUGUGAGUGUUGUCUUGUAUGUUGCUGCUUGCUGAAGGCAGGGAAUGUACUGAACUGGACCUGAGUGGCUUACAAAACUCCUGUGGAAAGGAAGUGAUGGUCUGUGCUAAAUGUUGCAGUCUGACGAGUGACGUGGAAUUCAAUUUUUCCACGUGUAAAUUCUUCCAGUCCAGUGUUUACCUUUAUUUUGUUCCAGCUCUGUUACUUAGUGCCAGAGUUAGAAGACUGACAUUUAACGGAAUUCUUAUUUAUGAUUUUGACGUACUUUCUUUUCCCAUUUAUUUACUUAGCCCAUGAAGUGUGGGUGCUCCUUGUAAAUGGUCGGUGCUGAGCCUGCCAUGAAUGCAAAUCAAAUGCAGCUGAUUGUGAAAGACAGGCACAGGAGAAGGGGUCAGUCACUCAUUCCUGCUUGUGUCAGAUCACUCAUCUAGUGUUCUGCUGUGGAGUGGAGUGGGUGAUGAGAGGGCUGUGGUGAUGGGACAGUGACAGACAAGCCCUACUUACUGAAAACAAAAGUGUGCGAACUCAUCACAUCAACACUUAUUUAGCUUCCUGACAAAAAUGGCAUCCAGUUUCAGAUGUUUAAGGUAUUUAACUCAUCUAUUUAUUUAAAGGUACCCACUCUUUAUGGGUUAAAUGAAAGCUGUACUCUAGUUUAGCAGUCAGUCUCACCACUUGGUUUAAUGUGAGCAGGUAAGGAAGCCCUAGAACCUGGCCCUUGGUUAGGUUCUGGUGACUUCUGGCUGGAAUCUCAGUACCUUAAUUUCUCUUCUGGUUGAAACUUUCUCCUCAAACACAACUGGCUGGAGCUGAGUCCUGGGAUGGUCAGCUGUUUAAAUAUUACUACACAAAAUGUUAUGAGUUUGAAUACAUAAUGAAAAUUUCUUUAAUGUGUAUGUAUGUAAAGGUUAUAAAAGCAAGUAUUUUUUUUCUUUUUCAAUUUUUGUAUAUAAUUGAGGUUAAGAUGAAUUUGAAACAUUGAUUGCAAUUUAUCAAGCUGGUGUUUUUGGUUUUGAAGGAAGUGUAAGUGCAAGAGGUAUGAAUUUGAAACAUUGAUUGCAAUUUAUCAAGCUGGUGUUUUUGGUUUUGAAGGAAGUGUAAGUGCAAGAGGUAUGAAUUUGAAACAUUGAUUGCAAUUUAUCAAGCUGGUGUUUUUGGUUUUGAAGGAAGUGUAAGUGCAAGAGGUAUGAAUUUGAAACAUUGAUUGCAAUUUAUCAAGCUGGUGUUGGUUUUGGUUUUGAAGGAACUGUAAUUGUGCAAGAGGUAAUCAUUUGAUCAGAGUGGAAUUAAUGAAGCAGUUUACCACACCAGUAUUGUCAUUCCUGCUCCCUGUGUGUCCACCUUACCUCUCACACCCUGACGUUUGCCUCAACGCCUUCAUUUAUCACCAAUGCAGUUAGGUAAAUUAUCACUUAUUACUAUUUUCUCAUAUGAAUUCAGAAACACUGUCAGCUUAUCAAAUAGUGUAUCUGUUAAUAUAACCUUUUGUAGGCAACUUGUCCUGUAACCACCUAUGACAUUUUAGGCUCAUUUUUGUACCAGCCUCUUCAACAGUUCUAUAGCUUAUGGAAAACUAAAUUAACUUCCUAUUCUCUCAUUUCCUCUGUCCAUACCAGCAGUUCUCAUAGUACUCUCAAUGUUGAAGGAUGAUAGCAGUCCAAGGGCAGAGCUAGUGAGUUUCUUUGAGUCUCCCCAAUAAUUGUUUUCUUUUGUAGCUUGCGGUGAAGAGGAGGAUAAUAGCGGUAAUUAAAGGUUUAGUGAUUAUAUGAAAAAAGUAUUUUUAUAAGGCGUGUAUUCGUGGGAGUGAUUUAAAAGUCUUGAAACAUUUAUUAUAAAUAGUCUUUACUUAUUUCAACUGUAGUUUUCUCUAAUCAAUGGUAAUACGAAUAAUAGAAUUACAUCAUGUUGCGUCAGCCUACCAGUAACUCAUAAGGUAUCAUACCCUAGCUUAUAAAAUAUGUUAGUAAUUUAGAAUUCAAUUAUUAACUUCAACUAAUGUCCAGCCUAUAUGCUCACCUUGCUAGCCAAUUAUUCCUGCAUUUUUAUUUAAACUCACGGUUCAGUAAAAUUAUUUGUGAAAGAAGAGAGAGAGAGAGAACUAGCUAAGGUUCCAAUAACUUCAGAUGCCUGUGGGUGUUGAGGGAGAGAGCACAAAAUGGCGUCUCCCUUCCCUCUGGCAACAGGUGGGUCUCGUAGCUCUGAAAUAUUUGAUUUUUCUUUUAUUUAGAAGUGAAUAUUACUGUUCAUGUUUAUUAUUCAUGUCUAGUGAAGAUAUAGUGACUGUACGUGUUGACAGAAUGGCGUCUCCCUUCCCUCUGGCAACAGGUGGGUCUUGUAGCUCUGAAAUAUUUGAUUUUUCUUUUAUUUAGAAGUGAAUAUUACUGUGUUCAUGUUUAUUAUUCAUGUCUCUAGUGAAGAUAUAGUGACUGUACGUGUUGACAGAAUGGCGUCUCCCUUCCCUCUGGCAACAGAUAAAAUAGCCGGUGUUGGUCCCACGUGGAGACAGGCCACAGUCUUGGGAAAGCGUUAGCCAUGUAAUGUUUCUUUAGUCAAAUAUAAUCUACUGUGAAUGUGUUGUGAGCAAUAUUAUUGCCGUAGAGAAGUGAUGGAGGAAGGCUGUGACGUUAUUUAGGGAUAUAACGGUGCCCAGAAUGAAUGGUGGUCUUGAGGAGUUAUAAAAGUAAUUAUUUUCUUGUGUAUUCGUAGUGUUAAGUAACGGAGUAUAAGUGUAUAUGCCAUACCAGAAUUUCAAGUGUCAUAGUGGGUCAAUCAACCCAAAGAAUCCCAUCAGUAUUAUUCAUUUAAUUAUUUUUGCUAUUUUUAUAUUUUUCGUUCCUCCUAAUAAAGCCACACUGUAGG